AUGAGUUUUGAUUAAUUAUUGUUAUCUAGACCAUUUUAUAGUCCAAAUCAUAAAUACCAAGCUUACACUGUUCAUUCACAUAAUCCAACACCUUUUAGUUAUACAACAUAGGUUUCACCAAUUGAAUCUCCAAGAAUAGGUGAUAUUUCAACAAUUCCUAAAAGUUCAGAAAGAGGAUAAUUGUAUGAUAAAUUAAAAGUAAAUGUUAAAAAUUAAGAUGGAUUAAAAACUAUUUAAAAUGGCAUUAAAGGUUAAAAGGUUAGGGAUGCUUAUAAUUUACUUUCUGAUUUCAAUGAUAAAAAAUAGAUAAUUUAAUCUUUAAAAUCAUUAUCUACUGCUGAAGAACGGUAAUUUUAUUAAAAUGAUUAAAAUUUAGAAUUUUAUUGAUUGAUAAAAUUUUAGAAAGAAAAGAAGAAAUGCAAAUAGCAGCACUUAGAUUGAAAGCUAAAAAAUUAGAACCAAUUUUUAAUGUAAUUAGAAGAAAACUUAAACUUAAAUAAAGAUUGAAUUCAUCUGCUGAUAAAAUGAAGAAAUAAUCAAUUUAUGGAAUUAAAGCAGUAGAUCCUCCUAUUGAAGUGCCAAAUCCUAUGUAACCUUAUGCAAUUAUAGAUGAAUAAUAAUAAAUAUAAGAUGAAAAUAUAAGAAAAGAAUUAGUUAUAGAGAAAAUAUAAACUAAAUAUGCAGCAUCAGUUGCCUUUUCAUGGCUAACUAAUAGAAAUGAAAAAUAAGGUAUAUAUAAUAAUUUUAAUGAAAUUUGAGAAUCUAUAAUUAAUCAUUUAUCUCCAGAAACUAUCAAAAGACAUAAUAGAAGAAAUACUACUUUAAAACAAAGUCAUAAAGGAAUAACUGGUUUAAAACAGAUGAUCACUAAAAAAGUGAGUGAAAAUUCUGAUGAAAUGAUUAGAUUAGGACAAUUAAAAAUGUUAGAGAAUUAAUAAAAAUUUUACAAAUCCAAAGAUAUCAUAGCAAAAUCUAAACCUAAAAUUGAUACUGGUAGAGUAAAAAGCGUAUAAGUUAAUAGAUCAUUAAGAAAAAAAUAGACUUUAGAUUUCUUUACAAAUGAAAGAAAAGAAAAUUCAGAAUUAACUUAAUAAAUAGCAAAUGAAAAAAGUAAUUUCAUGUUUAGGAGAAGGUUAAUCGUUGAUGAAUGA